AUGACAACUACAACUCCAACAAGUACUACCUCAGAACCAACCACAACUACAACUUCAACAACUUCUACCCCAGAACCUACGACAACUACAACCUUAACAACUACUUCCCCAGAACCUACGAUAACUACAACUCCAUCAACUACUACCCAGGAACCAACCACAACUACAACUCCAACAAAACCAACGACAACUACAACUCCAUCAACUACUACCCAAGAACCAACGACAACUACAACUCCAUCAACUACUACCCAGGAACCAACGACAACUACAACUCCAACAACUACUUCCCCAGAACCAACGACAACUACAACUCCAUCAACUACUACCCCAGAACCUACGACAACUACAACUCCAACAACUACUACCCAGGAACCAACGACAACUACAACUCAAACAACUACUACCCCUGAACCUACAACUACAAUUCCAACAACUACAACUACUCCAAUGACAACUACAACUCCAACAAGUACUACCUCAGAACCAACCACAACUACAACUUCAACAACAACUACCCCAGAACCUACGACAACUACAACUCCAUCAACUACUGCCCCAGAACCAACGACAACUACAACUCCAACAACUACUACCCCAGAACCGACGACAACUACAACUCCAACAACUACUACCCAGGAACCAACGACAACUUCAACUCAAACAACUACUACCCAGGAACCAACAACAACUACAAUUCCAAGAACUACAACUACUCCAAUGACAACUACAACUCCAACAAGUACUACCUCAGAACCAACCACAACUACAACUUCAACAACAACUACCCCAGAACCUACGACAACUACAACUCCAUCAACUACUACCCCAGAACCAACGACAACUACAACUCCAACAACUACUACCCAGGAACCAACGACAACUACAACUCCAACAACUACUACCCAGGAACCAACGACAACUACAAUUCCAACAACUACUAGCUCAGUUACCACGACGCCGAAAGACCCAACCAUGUCUUGUUCCUUUGAUAUACUGGAUGAUGUUUGUGGGUAUAUAAAAACUGGGCCUCCCAAUGCCUGGCAGCAAGUUCACAGGAAUGGAAGUAACCCAGCUGCAGGAUACUAUUUGUAUGCAGAGUCCUCCUCUAGGAAUGCAAUUAACUUGAUUUCUCCAAAGAAGGCAGUAAGUGGAGGUUGUGUUUCGUUUUACUACAACAUGGAAGAAGGAAUCGCUGCAGAACUCCAGGUGUUCAUAUCCGAAAAUGGCGCAGAUAGCCUUGUGAUGAUUGACAAUGGUGAAAUGAUCAUGAAAGAUCAAUGGUUGUUCUCUCGGUUCCCAUUGCCAGCUUCAAAUAAUGACAGAAAUGUUAGCAUACGAUUCCAAUUCACAGGGGACAAGAUUAAGUUUUUUAAUGGUAGCAUAGCCAUCGAUGAUGUAAUGUACAGUAACGAAACAUGUGACCCAGUAGUUCGAUGUGAAAAUUCGAGUUUCCUGUGUAACUCAAGUGACUUCUGUAUCCCGUACAACAUGGAGAGAGAUGGUGUGCGUGACUGCCCAGAUGGAUCAGACGAAACACCUUUUAACAUUAUAGACAUAUCUAUGCCUAAAGAAAAUCGGGCCUAA